UGGUGGGCUCCGCCCGGUGGCGGCCAUGGCGGAGGAGGCGGCGGCGGGCGGCCUCCCGGGCGAGCCCUCCCGCGGGGCUGCGGAGACCCCCGCGGGCCCCCCGUGCCCAGCCCGCCCGCGCUCGCCCUGCCGCCGCCUGAGCGCCGUGGAGCCGGUGCUGCUGCUGGCCACGCUGGCCCUGGCCCUGCAGGCGCCGCUCUGCACGCAGCUGCUCUGGGACCGGCUGGCCCCGCGCAACGGCUCCGGCCACGGCCCCGCGGAAGAGCCCGGCGGCUGCCCCAACCUCACCGGCUCCGGGCCCCAGGAGCUGGAGACUCUGGUGGCCCACUGGAACCUCUACCUCAACCUGGCCGGCUUCUUUGUGGGGCUCUUCUCAGUCACCCUCUUCGGCCCCUGGAGCGACAGCGUGGGGCGCCGGCCGGUGCUGAUCCUGCCGGCGCUGGGCAUGGCCCUGCAGGCAGCCAUUUACCUGGUGGUCAUGUACGCCGAGCUGCCUGUGGGGUACCUGAUGGUGGGCCGGGUGCUGAGCGGCCUCUCCGGAGACUACAACCUGAUCCUCGCCGGCUGCUUCGCCUACGCGGCCGACGUCAGUGACCGGACGGCCCGCACUUUCCGGGUGGCCAUCCUGGAGGCCUGCCUGGGCCUGGCGGGCAUGGUGGCGAGCGUGCUGGGCGGUCAGUGGCGCAAGGCCCAGGGCUACGUGGCGCCCUUCUGGCUGGUCUUCGCGGCCAGCCUCGCCGCGGCCCUCUACGCGGCCCUCGUCCUGCGGGAGUCGGUGCCGCAGAGGCAGCCGCAGCGGCUUCUCACGCUCCGCCAUUACAAGGCAGUGUACCGGCUGUACGCCAGCCCUGCCCGUGGUCAGCCCUGGCGCCAGCUGCUCUUCUACUCGCUGGCCUUCUUCGUGGUGGUGACGGUGCACUUUGGGGCCCGGGAGAUCCUGGUGCUGUACGAACUCGGCCCUCCGCUCUGCUGGCGGUCGGAGCUGAUCGGCUACGGCUCGGCCGCCCACUACCUGACCUACCUGAGCAGCCUGGCAGGGUUGCGGCUGCUGCAGAGAUGCCUGCGGGACGCCUGGGUGGCCGAGCUGGGCCUGCUCUCUAAUGCCCUGGGGAUGGUCACCAUGGCGCUGGCAGGGACCACGGCCCUGAUGUUCACAGGCUACGGGCUCCUUUUCCUCUCCAUGAUGGUGACUCCCGUGAUCCGCUCCAAGCUCUCCAGAUCGGUUGGCGAGGCUGAGCAAGGGGCACUCUUUGCCGCCGUGGCCUGCGUGGAAGGGCUGUGCUCCCUAGUGGCCACGGGGGUCUUCAGCUCCCUGUUCCCGGCCUGCCUGUCCUUCAUGAGGGGCUUCCCCUUCCUCUUCGGAGCCCUCCUCCUCCUCCUGCCGGCUGCCAUCAUCGGGGCGAUAGAGAUCCAGGAUGGCCCCCCCAGAUACCGGCAUUUUGGUGAUGGUCCUGAGCCGCCACAGGAAGCCGAGCCGUCCCCCCAACACGGCUGAAUCCCCGGAGCCUCCUGGCACAGAGAAAGCGCCUUCCCCAGGCAGGGAUCGGUCGAGGGAUCAGGUCCAGGCCCUGGGACUGUGUGAACGCCCAAAGGGGUUCUCUCGUGUCUAAAGCUCCAGACUCUUUAAGACCCGGGGACUUCAACUCCCAGAGUUCCCCAGGCAAUUGGGUAAUGCUGGGAGCCUCAGAGUGGGCAGGUGGGGAGACCCUGGUCCCAACCCAGAGGGACUCCGGGGAUCUGAGUCUUGGCAGCCUGGUGAGGGGGGUCCCCAGUGCUCUUCGGGCUGCUAAUUGGCAGAGGGACCCCAAUGCCCCCCGACAGUGGGAGGAAUUUGAGGAUGCUUUGGGGGGUCGUUAGAUUUGGCCCUGCCGAGACUCUUCCUGAUGAGAGGCUGCCAGGACCGAAGGGAGGGGCUGAGAAGGGGGGAAGGACCACUGGGGACCGGGAUUGCUGAGACCUGCAGCCCCCCCCCCCUGAUCUCCCUGGGGGCCGAGGGACAAUAAAAGGGAAAUGGAAGAGUCUUUCUGGGGUCUC